AUGGCUUCCGUUGCUCCUCCCUGGACCCCUCCCCUGGCCCCUGAAACCAUCCCGCUGCAGACGCUGCGCUGCUACAACGACUACACCAGCCACAUCGCCUGCGGGUGGGCGGCCGUCCGAGCCGCCCAGGGGCUCCUCAACCUGACCCUGCACCGCAGCGUGAACGGGGACCCGCCGCAGCCAGUGUCCUGUGGCCUCAGUGAGGACACGCCCUCGCCAGCCUGCCCGGCUGCCCCAUGUGUGCACAGAAGCUGCCGCAUCGCGUACCAGGACUUCGUCAUCGCAGACGAGGACUACUACUUCUUCCAGGCAGACCGGCCUCUGGCCGUCCAGCUGUCGGUGCUGCUGACCCAGCACGUCCAGCCGCCCCCACCCAAGGACCUGCAGAUCAGCAAGGCCAGGGACCAUUUCCUGCUGACCUGGAGUGUGGCCCUUGGGGACGCCCAGACACCCUGGCUGGCGCAGGGGGACCUGGAGUUCGAGGUGGUCUACAGGCGGCUCAGCGACUCCUGGGAGGAUGCCACCAGCCUCCGCUGCAGCUCCUCCCAGGCCGUCUUGGAGGCCGAGCGCCUGGUGCCCGGCAGCACCUACGCGGCCCGGGUGCGCACGCGGCUGGCCCCCGGCUCCCGCCUCUCGGGCCGGCCCAGCCAGUGGAGCCCCGACAUUCUCUGGGACUCGCCGCCAGGGGACGAGGCCCAGCCCCGCAACCUGCAGUGCUCCUUCGACGGGGCCCACGCGCUGAGCUGCUCCUGGGAGCUGCGGGCGCCCGUGGCCAGCUCCCUCUCCUUCGGCCUCUUCUACAGGGCCGGGCCCCAGGCGCGGGAGGAGGAGUGCUCCCCGGUGCUGAAGGAGGUGCUCAGCAGCCUGGACACCCGGCUCCGCUGCCGGAUCCCGGUGCCCGACCCCGCGGCCAGCGGGCUGUACGUCGUCUCUGUCCACCCGCGCAGGGAGGGGCGGCUCAUCAAGAGCUCGGAGCACAUCCAGAUGAAGAACCCGACCCUGCAAGUGACCAAGGACGGGGACAGCUACAGCCUGCGCUGGCAGGUGGAGAAGAUGUACUACACGCACAUCGAGCACACCUUCCAGGUCCAGCACAGGAGGGACACCGAGCCCUGGGAGGACAGCAAGACGGUGACCCUACGGAGCGCCCACAGCAUGGCCCUGCCGGCCCUGGAGCCCUCCACCAAGUACUGGGCCAGGGUGAGGGUCAGGCCCACCCCCGGCGUCUACAACGGGAUCUGGAGCGAGUGGAGCCAGGAGCAGUCCUGGACCACUGACUGGGUGCUGACCACGUGGGUGCUGGCGCUGGUCCUGGUCAUCGUCACCCUGCUCUUGCUGCUGGCGCUCCGCUUCUGUGGCGUCUACGGGUACAGGCUCAGCAGGCAGUGGCAGGAGGAGAUCCCCAGCCCUGGCAAGAGCCGCCUGUUCCAGAACGGGAGCGCGGGCCUCUGGCUCCCAGGCCGCCUGCAGGCUGCCCCCCACUGGAGCCCCCCUCCCCAGGGACCCUGGGACAGCCUCUUCCCUGAGCUGGAGAGCGCGCCCUCUGCCGACUUUGGAGACUGCGAGGUGUCACCUCUCACCACAGAGGACGCUCACACUGUCUGCAGUCCACCCUCCGGGCCCAGCACCACCCCAGCUGCCUCGGGCCCGCACCCCGGGCCGCCCCCCAGCCCCCCGCCGGGACCACCAGCCCCCUCGGGCAGGCCUGCCAACCGGCUGCCCAGCUUCGACUUCAAUGGCCCCUACCUGGGGCCGCCCCUCAGCGGCUCCCUGCCUGACCUCCUGGGCCAGCCGGCGCCUCCCCAGAGCCACAAGCCAGCACCGGCAGGCUCCCUGGAGUACCUGUGCCUGCCCCCUGGGGGACAGGUGCAGCUGGUCCCCCUGGCUCAGGUGACAGGGCAGGACCAGGCUGUGGAUGUGGGGCGUCAGCCCAGCCCGGUGGCCGAGGGGAGCCCCUCCCUGGAGUCCAGGGGAGGCCCCGCCCCUCCCACACCCGGGCUGAGGGUGGGUGCGCGGGACCCGGAGCCCAGCCCGGCCCCUCUGCCCGUGAGCUCCGGAGACCCCGAGGUCCCCGGCGUGGCCUCUGCCUAUGUCACCACAGCAGACCUGGCUCUCGCCCUGCCCUCGGGGACCCCAUCUGCCUCCCCUGCUCCCCCUCUGGGCCUCCCCUUAGUGCACAACCCGGGCCUCUGUCUUGGGCCGCCAGGUGGGCCCCCUGGAACCCCAGACCCCGGGAAACCAGGGUUCGAGGGCUAUGUGGAGCUCCCUGCAACCGUGGGCCAGUGUCCCAGGUCCCCCCUGGGCAGUCCUGCCUCUCCUGUGUCCAGCACCCACAUCCCGAGCCCAGGGGAGCCCCGGGAGGAAGUGGCCCUGCCGUCCCCACCUGCCGAGGGGCUCCUUGUCCUGCAGCAGGUGGGUGACUAUUGCUUUCUUCCUGGCCUCGGGCCUGGGCCUGUCUCACCCCAGAGCAAGCCCUCCUCUCCGGGACCCUGUCCUGAGCUCGGGGUCCUAGAUGAGGUUCAUCCAGCCAAGAAGGCCCCGUGGCCGCCCAAGCCGCAGGUGCCAGCCAUCCAGUUCUUCAAGUCCCUGAAGCGUCAGGACCACCUCCCUGGGACGCCAGGUGGCCCGGGGCGGUGCGCCGAGGCCCUGCAGACCUCUUCCUGAGCCCUGCCCCGCUCCAGCCGCCCCUGCCCAGCCCGGAGGCUCCCCUGCUGAGCGAGGGUCCUGGAGAGCCCGCGUCCUCUGUCCCGCCGUCCCCCCUCUCUCCCUCUCUCUCGUGCAGUUUUCUUUCUAAUUAGCUGAGUUUGGGUCCCGGGUAUUCAAGCUUUCCACACGUGUCCACUCUCCCUCUCUUCCAUUUUUUAAAAACCAGAUUUUCUUCCUUUUUUUUUUUUCUUAUACAUCGUCCUCCUCUUUCAUUGAUUCGGUAUUGGAGCGAGGCUGGGGUCCCGGGACCUCUUCUGAGUGUGGCCUGUCUAACGUGCCUAAGGACCUGUCAGCCGCCUGUCCCCGCAGACACCGACGCACAGGGCCUGCUGGUAGCCCAUGUGGAGCGGGCAGGAGGCUCCAGGUUGGGGGUCAGACCUCGAUGGGCACAAGGACUGGGGUCCUCACGGCAGCCGCAGGUAGUUCCCCACCCAUCCCAACUGUCCCUCAGAACAAUGGCGUGGGGGGGGCAUGCAGGGCUCCUGGGGAGCCCCGCUGGUCCUCGCAGAGAUUCCAGGGGACGGGCCUCGUGAGACCAGCAGCCCUUGCCACAUAGGGAACCCGGGAAUCUGGAUGAGGCCGGGUGGGGGCCACAGUGAGAGGCAGGUGGGGGGGAGAGGAGGGACUCCGCAGCCCACAUUGUCCACUGUACAGAAGCUGGGGACACUGCUCCCUGGGGUCCACGGGGGCUGAUCAAAGGGCAGCCAUGCUCCAGGGUGUCCAGCCUGGACGGGCCCGCUGCCCUCCCUCCAGUGAGACUCUGGUGCCGCUGUCCACAGCCGAGCGGCAGCGCUGGGGCACAUCUGGGCUGGCCCGGGAUUGCCUCUCUGAUCUACAAAGUCAUGGCAUUACCUGGUCUGGUUGGCAUUACCCGAGGGUCCCUGGGCCCGCCCAGGCCUUCCUACGUGUCCCCUGCGCUGCUGCUUCCCGCUGGGCUAAGCCGGUCGGUUUUGUUGGGGGGUCUUCUGCUCCUCUGAUCCCAUAUGGCCUUUCAUCCAAAGUCCACGUGACUCCCCGGGUCGGGUGUUUGCCCUAAAACUGCACGGGGGCCGCGGGGUGCGCUCCGCCUGUGCUCCCAGCCGGGGGCCACCAACCGCUCCUCCUUUGGUGCCAGGUUGACAGAGGCCGUGUGGUGCAGAGGUGCCUUUGCUCUGCUUUCAUGUCUUCUCCGAGUUUUGUGUUUCAAGUGUUUCAUGUCAAAGAUUUAUUAUUUUGGAACCCAUCAAUGUGAGCCAGGUGUCUUUUGCCGUUUGAAUUGCCCAUUUGGUCCAUGGGUCUGAAACGCCACCUUUACGAGGAGGAAAGUUCUGGAAUGGACUCUGUGGCCUCCUCCUCUCCAAGUUACCCACGGUCCUGAUGGCCCUGGUUUUGUGACCGGUCUUGUGGGGGGCGGGGGUGGGGGCUCUCGUCUUUUGUCUGUCAAUCCCCCUUCAUUAAAGCUGUGUUUGUGGUUGAAGAGAAUCAUAAACAACUUCAUCAUCCAAUCCCAAACUGCGUGUGGGUACCUUGCAGAGCAGAGCCGUCUUUGGAAAAGGAAUGAGCUGGACCUUGGUGUAUCAGGAAGAAGUCCAGAAUGUUGAUCCCCCAAUGUCUGGGCAUUGUCAAGGGGUGGACAUUGCAAUAAAAUAUUUAUAAUAUA